GGGAUAAGAUCACUAGGAUGGUCUCACUUACGGUUGAUAUCGGUAACUUCCAUGAAGCAAAGCCAAAUCCGAUUGAGACAAUUUAAUAAAACACAUAUUCUUUAAAGACACACCACACCAACUAUAAAGUAUGAUGAUAUUUAUAACUUAACUAACACCUAUUCAUACACAUAGAAGGAGAGAAAGUGAGAGAGAUGAAUUCGAAGCUCCGGAGUCUGUGGAACCACCCGGCGGGGCCGAAGACGAUCCAUUUCUGGGCGCCGACGUUCAAGUGGGGGCUGAGCAUCGCCAACGUCUCGGACUUCUCGAAGCCCCCCGAGACGCUGUCGUACCCGCAGCAGACGGUGAUCGCCAUCUCGGGGGUCAUCUGGUCGCGCUACUGCUUCGUCAUCAAGCCGUGGAAUCUCAACCUCUUCGGCGUCAACUCCGCCAUGGCUUGCACCGGUCUCUAUCAGCUCUCCCGCAAGCUCCGCCACGACUACUCCGCCCCCUCCCCCGCCGUAGUAGACCAAUGAUCACCGGUGAUUUCUUUCAUUUUCUGUUAAAUAAAUUUGGCGCCUUAAAUUAGAUUUUAUUUAACCUGUAUGAAUUAUAUUAAAAUUAUGUCCACUUAGUUUAAUAUAAUGAUGAAUUUGUUGAAUUAUAAAAAUGGUUGGGUUUGGGAUAAUGAAAUUAAUAGGUGCGGUGAA